AUGUUAGCAGUACUAAUUCUGCUACCUGCUACAUUGGCAGAAUCAUUCUGGAUAACCGCCGAGCUGUUGCGGGUAGAUUGGAAGGAAGGAUGUCUUACCACUGCCGGCUGCUCUCAGCCCAGAUUCAAGAUACUUGAAGACAUGCUACCAAAUUCGGAAAGGAUCUCUAUAAGCUGGCCGGUCUCGGAGCAUUUUGUGCAGGUAGGAAACCAUCAGUGUAACCAGAUCAACAUUGCCAUGGUCCAGCUUGCGCGUAUGUUUUAUAUCGUUACGCCAUCUAUGCGGCAACUUUGUGAAUUAGUGCAAUUAGUCAGUCAAUCAACAUUUGCGCAAGAUGCUUCACGACCAUUUGUGUCGUACUGGGAGAACGGUAAUCCUCAGGAUGUGACCCUCUCGUGCCAGAUUGUUGGCAGUGACCCCACCUACGGUUUUCCGAGAGUUUGUGAUCAAACUCCAUCCAUCCGCGUUUUUCAAGAUGAGGUCAUCAAAGUUUUGGGCCGGGACAGACGUCAUCAGGACUUGACUACCAUUGCAAUACCGGAUGAGGAGCUGGGCAAGAGGCUAAUCGAGGCUCGAGCGAAAUGUUUCAACGCCACUAUUGCUGCGCAAAAGCAUAUAGAGAGGUGCCCAUGGUGCCCCGAUCCAUCGCAUGCGCUCUUUGAGCAAGAGCUCCCAGAAGACGCUCCUGCUCCCGCGUUGUCGACAUCGAUUCUCGCACAAUUACAAGAAGACGAGAUAUUACGCGUCUCCGUUCUAGUACUGGCCGUGAUUGCAGUUUCGGUAUCGCUAGGCUUCGCUUGUGCUCUAGUUGCUUUCCUUCAACAAAAAAGCACUUAUCGCCGUUCCGUGAAACCACGCUACCGACCAUUUUCUCCGUCUACCUGCAAGGUGGCUGAAGACGAGAAUAGGUACGAUAUGCCUUGGGGAUAUACGCGUCCGUUUACCCAUUGGCCGUGCUCAUCUUCGAAAUCCGAGGCGACGACAACAUCGCCGCUUGACUCGACGUCUUCAAUAGCAGCGCCGUAUAGCUUUCGAUCCGGAUUUACGAUACCUCAAACGCACCUCUAUCAACACAUCUCUCCAAACUCCUCUAUAGGACCGGUACAUGACUCUUGA